ACUAACCGCUUUUAUACCGUCCACUGUGUCAAAAUAAUCCGAAGCAGCAAUGUUGUUUCCAAAGCGCAAGGAGGAAAAUCUUCUUCGUCAAAGUUUGUUGAAUCGUUUCAAAGCAAGACUUUUCAAAAAGGAAGGCGUCACCAAACACAAAGAAAAAGUGCACAGGUGUACAUCAGAUUUGUCAGGAGUUGGCGAUAGAGCACGCGCAUGGAGUCUGCCCUCUGAAGCAGAACUUAAGAAAUAUCUGGGACCUGUGGACGAACGCUUGGUAGAAAACGCUGAAAUUGCUAAGCGCAGGAGACGAACGGACGAUAGACGAUAUUCCAUUCAAAUCGACUACUCAUCAGAUCUACGAAGUCUCGACGGCGAGGCACGACUAAGGACGACGUCUCUACCUGCAAGACGUCGAUAUUUUUCAUCACAACAAACGCCGUUUAAUUUUGUACGUUGUAAAUGGUGCGAACCAAUUGAGCUCCCUGGUACAUUAGAACACAAUGACAGUGAUGACGAAACAUAUAUUGAUGAGAACGGAAUAUAUACAACAGUACUUUGCUUCACUGAAAUAUAAAGACUGGUAGGAUUGACAGUGCGUGCGUGUGUUCAAACAUAAAUACACAUCGAGAUGAAUGAGGGAAGUUAUAAACAUUUAGGCUAACUAACAAUCAGCAGGUUAGAAACAUGAUCGGACGACAUACUUUCAAUUUGAUCAAUCUUUUGUGACGAUCAUCUUUACUUUGUUACAAGAUUUAAAUAAACAAUCUUGAAUUAAACCUAUAGCAUGAUAAAGUUAUCGUAUUGUGACUGUAAGAGGUUGACACACAGCUUGACCCAGUGUUAAGAGCUGGCCUUUGUUAAACAUUGGGUAAACAUAAACACAAAUCAUAAGCGCACUGAAAUUAAUCAACGCUAUUUAUUCAAUAUACUGUAUAUAUUUUGUAUGAUAGUUGUUUAGGCUGUUUAUAUGUAAGUAUCAUUGCCGCGCAGGUCGUGGAAAAUUGUGUAACUAUAUUUUAUAUGAUAAGGUAAUUAAUAAAUAUUUUUUAAAAAUUAUAGACUGAAAUAUUUACUGACUAAACCGCGCAAUUACUUGCUUGCUGAACUGAUC